AUGUCCGAACCUGAACUAUACAUGCCUGACACAAACGAAAGCUUCGAUCUUCCCCGUUGGCAAACCCAAGUCGAUCCUCUUUCUUCUUCGGCCCAGGCUGCUCACACUGCUCAGGCGUCCUAUCUGUAUUCAGGCCCGCCUCCACCGGCACCGUCAUCGCAACGCAUGCACUCUGUACAUCAAGGUCAAACACGACAGCAAACCCGGAUUUCCCAGUUACUCGAGCAAGAACAUCUGACUCCCGCCUUGUCAGCAUAUACCACGGGAGGACAGAGUCAGUUGUCUCGUAGUGCGUCUUUGGGAGGUUCUGCAAGUGGCAACUUAUCGUCGUCUUCUCGUAUUCGGCGUCAUCAUCAGUCUGACGAUCUGGAGGGGGCGUUCAACGCCGACAAUCAGGGUAUAGCAGGGCCCAGGCAGCAGCCCCAAAUGUCGCACAAUUCAUUCUACCCGACAAGUGUUGGAUAUCAGUCCCAAUCGUUAACGGGAACUGCAUCCGUCAAUCCGGCCAACUCCCAGAAUGAUCAGUACACCGACAUGUAUUAUAACACUCCAUCCCAUCCCCCAAAGCGUCUGCAACCAGGACAACACGAUGUCUCUCCUGCGUCGGCGAAUCGUGGCGGAAGGUCUCCUCUGCGGAUGCCGAAUACACCUAUUUCGGCUUCUCCCCUGGAGCAAUAUCAAUCGCAAUAUUCGCCCACUACAGCCACAUAUUCAUACGGAAACACGGUUGAUCAACGUACACAUCCUACGACGUACCAAACUCACAGUCGUAACCAUUCUCAAGUCAAACCAGAAUCUGUGACCCCUCCAAACAACACUGCAUAUUCAUCUCAGUCGUCAAACAGUGCCAGUUAUACAUCAGGCAUGUCCAUAAAUUCAUACCCAACAUCGUACACCAUGGAUACAUCGAGCCCUCAUCCCCCAAUAUCUUCACACUUAAACACUCAAAACAUGGCAAUGAAGACUUCUCUCUCAAAUCCUCCCACUCCUUUAUCCUAUAUGCAUUCGAACACCAGUCAAAGCUCGCAAUACUACCCACAAGAUCAAUCAAUGGCUAUCGAUCCUCCUCCAAAAAGAAGGGCGCCUGGUUUUCGCCGAGUGCGAACAGCGCAUGACUUGCAACCAAGGCUCGACGUGACGCCCACUGGAAGGCGUAUGGGCAGUGAUGGAACGUAUCUCUCUCCACUGCGCCAACUAACGACUAAUAUUCUGGACACAUAUCGCAUAUGUAACCCUCAAUUCCGUUACGAGUCCACGCAUAAUCCUAGACGUGUUUUGACCAAACCAAGUAAGCCGGCGCACAACGACGGUUACGACAACGACGAUUAUGAUUAUAUCCUCUAUGUUAAUGAUUGGUUGGGUAGCGAUGAUGGUCAUAAGUAUUUGAUCCUUGACAUUCUAGGGCAAGGUACUUUCGGCCAGGUGGUCAAAUGUCAAAAUAUGAAAACACAUGAGAUUGUUGCCGUCAAAGUUGUAAAGAAUAAGCCUGCUUAUUUCAACCAAAGUAUGAUGGAACUGAAUAAAACAUGCGAUCCUAAUGACGAACAUCAUAUCUUGCGCCUCCGGGAUUCGUUUAUUCAUAGGAGCCACCUUUGCCUUGUCUUUGAACUGCUAUCGUCUAAUCUAUAUGAGUUGAUUAAGCAGAAUCAAUUCCAAGGGCUGAGUACACAGCUUGUUAAGGUGUUUAUGGCUCAAUUGUUGGACGCCAUGACGGUGUUGAAAGACGCACGUCUGAUACAUUGCGACCUCAAGCCUGAAAAUAUUCUGCUAAAAUCACUCCAAUCACCACAAAUCAAAGUUAUUGACUUCGGUUCUGCUUGUCAUGAACGACAAACAGUAUAUACCUAUAUUCAGUCCCGAUUCUAUCGAUCACCAGAAGUGUUGUUGGCGGUGGAGCUCUUCUUGGGAUUACCCUUGUUUCCUGGGACUAGCGAGUAUAACCAAUUGACUCGGAUCAUUGAAAUGCUUGGCAUGCCACCUUUGAGCAUGUUGAAUACAGGAAAACAAACAACCCAAUUCUUCGACACUUUCGAAGUCUGGAACCCUGUACUCAACCAAAACGAGAAGAAAUACCGGUUGAAAAGUAUAGAGCAGUACUCACGAGAACAUAACACCAACGAACAACCAGGGAAACAAUAUUUCAAGGCUACUUCAUUACCAGAAAUCAUUAACACUGCACCUAUGCCAAAUUCCAAAUCUUCACGGCAGGGCCAUGAAUUAGAGAAGGAACUUAACAACCGCGCAGCGUUCAUUGAUUUUUGUCAAGGCUUGCUAAAUCUCAACCCGGUUACGCGAUGGACACCCCAACAGGCUCGGCUCCAUCCCUUUAUUACUGGAGAGAAAUUCUCGAAACCCUUUGUACCGGAUGGUUUGUCGGUCACGGCGCAUACAUCUGCAUCAACUGGGUCAACGGAUCCCAAACGCCCCUAUGGAGGCCUUGUACCAUCCCAGCCAAAAGGGACGAGGGCUUACACCGAUGCUGCUUCCUACAACCAACACCUUGCCCAACAUCAGGCAUAUACAGCGCAAGCUCAAUCUCAGGCUGCGAACACUUUUCGGAACCCCUACAUUACAUCGCAAAACUCGCAACAGCAACACGCGUCUCCUUCCACUUAUAAUCCCUCGUCUGAACCCUCAUAUCAACCUCAGCAGCAGCAGCAGCAGCCCCCACCUCAGCAACCUCAGCAACAUACUCAAUAUGUUCCAAAUCCUCCUCCGACAGGACAUCGUGGUUUGACCCAUCAGAACUCAACCGGACAGCUCGCGACCGGUGGGACAAGUACUCAAUUCGCAAGCCAUGGAAGUGGCCCGAAUAUGGGUUCAGCGCAUCUCUCCACUAAUAUACCUGCUAAUCCGUAUAUUCCUAAUUCCCGAGCGAGGGCAAACACGAUCAACCAAAUGGAUACAGUCCCGCCAGCUCUUGCGCGGUUACAACAUAUGAACCAAGAUAUUAUUGGCGGCCGUAAUGCUCUCACCCCUGUGCUCAAUCGGGACGACGCAAUGCGAGAGUGGGAACGUCGACAAGCGGGAAAAGCUGCUGCUGCGCAGCCUUAUCCUCAAUUAGAAUUGUUACAACAGCAGGCUGAGAUGGCGGCUUCAUCUGGUCUAUCAAAUUGGAGCGGAGGGUCAGGUCCACAGCAACGUUAUCCUCCCCCCCCUUCCAAGCUUUCGCAUGCUUACCAACCCCAGACUAUAUUAGUGGACGAUGACAACAAUACUAGAAGGGAAGCAGUCAUGUCGAAUGUCAGGACGUCUGGUCGCAGCGAAGGACAAAACCUCGCCUAUGGGGGCUCCAACGUCAUAUCAAGUCCUCCCCAGGCUUAUACAGGUAACAUGAGUACUACAGGAAAUCGUUACCCAGCCGGUUUCAGCCAGAAUCAGGCGUCCUCAAAUUUUGACUCGGUCGAUCGAAGAGGGAACAUUGCUGAUAUGUAUGUGCCUAUGCAGCCAGAACAGUAUUCAUCAUACUCCGGUGCCCCACCACCUGCCUCUGCUACACGACAUGCUAUCCCUCCAGCACAAACUGUGCCCCCAUCUUUCUAUAACUCUUCGGUCAUGCAAUCGGGUCCGAUGAGUGCCACUCAGACACGAAACCCGUUCCAAUUGGGUGACGGAUCGCAGGCGACGUCUAACGGUUCAAAGGAUGUUCGGAGGGGAAAUGGGGGAAUUGAAAACUGGCAACGAUGA